AUGGAAGUGACAAAUUACUCCCGCGUGAUCGACGCUUUGAGCAGCAUUUGCUCGGCCAAUGCAGACAUGAGAUCAGUCGUGAUGGACAUCAACUCCGGCGAGCUCGUUUCUUUUUAUAACCUGGAUUCGGAUGGAGAAGCGUUUCGACAAGCAACCGCGAUCACGGCCUCGUUCUUCGGCAAGCUUUGGGCGGGUCAAGAAGAAACUGCCAAUCAACACGAUGAUAAAUUAGAGAUACUUUUCAAUGUGAAUGAAAAUGGAGUCAAUUCCCUGACGCCUUUCUACUCGAGGAGUUCCAAUAGUGGCAAGAGGGACGGCCUUCUGCUGGUGAUUAUGGCCGGUGACAUCGAACUAGGAGCGCUCAAGAGAAUAUCGGAGCAGGGGGCAGAAAGGCUGUGUAAAAUCUUUUUCGACGAUGGCAAAAAGAAAUAG